AAUAAGCCCAAAACGCAUUCUUUUCGCUUGUGACGUGUUGUAUUUUGUAAAUUAUGUUGUUUUAACAUAAUUUAAUAAAUUAAAUUGUAUUUCUUUCGCUAAAAUUGCAAUAACCAAGCACAAACACGAUGUUGACAUUACGGGAACGGCAAAUAAAUGCGAUUAAGCAAAUGCUUAAUCUAAAUUCGCAGCAGCCAAAGGCUCUGGCAGCGGAACCGGUGUGGAAGAUUCUCAUAUACGAUCGCGUGGGUCAGGACAUUAUAUCGCCCAUUAUAUCCAUUAAGGAAUUACGCGAACUCGGCGUGACGUUGCAUGUACAACUGCACUCGGAUCGUGAUUCCAUACCCGAUGUGCCGGCGGUGUACUUCUGCCUGCCCACGGACGAGAAUCUCGAUCGCAUACAGCAGGAUUUCUCCAACGGAUUAUACGACAUUUAUCAUCUCAACUUCCUGGCGCCCAUAACACGCAGCAAGAUCGAGAAUCUGGCGGCGGCAGCGCUGCACGCCGGUUGUGUGGCCAACAUACAUCGGGUGUACGAUCAGUAUGUAAACUUUAUUAGCCUGGAGGACGAUUUCUUUAUCCUGAAGCAUCAGCAGAGCGAUCAACUCUCCUACUAUGCCAUCAAUCGGGCCAACACGCGGGACGAGGAGAUGGAAGCACUUAUGGACUCAAUUGUGGACUCGCUGUUCGCACUUUUCGUCACACUGGGCAAUGUGCCCAUCAUACGCUGUCCACGCAACAGUGCAGCCGAGAUGGUGGCCCGCAAGCUGGAGAAGAAACUGCGCGAGAAUCUGUGGGAUGCACGGGCCAAUCUGUUCCACAUGGAUGCCUCGCAGGCAGGCGGCGGUGUGUUUAGCUUUCAACGUCCAGUUCUAUUGCUGCUAGACCGGAAUAUGGACCUGGCCACGCCACUGCAUCACACCUGGUCGUAUCAAGCGUUGGUGCACGAUGUGCUCGAUCUGGGUCUGAACUUGGUCUACGUGGAGGAUGAGGCGGCGGUCAAUACAGGUGCUCGGAAAAAGCCCAAGGCUUGUGAUCUGGAUCGCACCGAUCGUUUCUGGGUCACACACAAGGGCAGUCCGUUUCCCACGGUUGCCGAGGCCAUUCAGGAGGAGCUGGAAUCCUAUCGCAACUCAGAGGAGGAAAUUAAACGCCUCAAGACCUCCAUGGGCAUGGAGGGCGAGUCGGACAUUGCCUUCUCAUUGGUCAACGAUACGACAGCUCGUCUGACCAAUGCCGUCAACUCGCUGCCCCAGCUGAUGGAGAAGAAGCGUCUGAUUGACAUGCACACCAAGAUUGCCACUGCUAUACUGAACUACAUAAAGGCGCGCCGUCUGGAUUCAUAUUUUGAGAUCGAGGAGAAGGUCAUGUCCAAGCAAACGCUGGACAAGCCGCUGCUGGAGCUGCUGCGUGAUGUGGAGUUUGGCCAACCCGAAGACAAGUUGCGUCUGUACAUCAUUUAUUAUAUUUGCGCUCAGCAGCUGCCGGAAUCGGAGGUGGAGCGACUGCGGGAGGCACUGCAGGCAGCUGGUUGCGAUCUUACCUCGCUGGCGUACGUGCAACGUUGGAAGGCGAUCAUGAAUCGCUCGCCGGGCAUCAGUCAGGCCACACAAUACGAGGGAGGCGGCACUAGAACCGUGUCCAUGUUCACCAAGCUCGUCUCCCAGGGCAGCUCCUUUGUCAUGGAGGGUGUCAAGAACUUGGUCGUCAAGCGGCAUAAUUUGCCAGUGACGAAGAUUACAGAGCAGGUGAUGGAGUGCAGGAGCAAUGCCGAAACAGAUGAUUACCUUUAUUUGGAUCCCAAACUUUUAAAGGGCGGUGAUGUGCUGCCCAAGAAUCGUGCACCAUUCCAGGAUGCCGUUGUCUUCAUGGUUGGCGGUGGCAAUUACAUUGAGUAUCAGAAUCUUGUGGACUUUAUCAAGCAGAAGCAAACGUCCAAUGUAAACAGACGCAUCAUCUACGGAGCCUCGACCUUAACCAAUGCGAGGCAGUUCCUCAAGGAACUGUCGGCGUUGGGUGGCGAGAUUCAGACGCCUGCAGCAAGUUAGGAACGACUGCUGAGCUUUCACUGCUGCUGAGCGGUUGGCUGGAGGAAUUGGGUGCAAAAUCAACAACAACAACAACUGCAACUACAUGUUAAUUGUAUUUGUGUGCGUAUGUGUGCGUGUGGCUUUUUCUUAUAUUUUAAGCAUAUCCAAAAAUAAAUUAAAUGCAAGGCAACAAAAAAACAAGCGUGGGCAAUUACUCGAAACUGACGUGUAAUCCCCGAAGGACAACAAGCAAAAACAUGCGUUGCCGCGUGUACAACAAGCAAUUGCAGCAACAACAACGGCAACAGCAGCAAUAAUACGAUGAGGCAACAACUGGAGACAGCCGCAAACUGCGAUCGCAUUCUAGGCGCCCAUUAACACCAAGUUGGCAACGCUUUGAUGGACAGCUGGCAGAAGAGUCGUCGAUGACGACCGACGGUGACGACAGCGACGGCGACAAUUAUGGGGCGACAACUAUGCCAGGCACUUGGGGACUGAGCCCUUGCAAUUAACACCAUGGCUGGAACUAUGAAUGGAACAAUGGCUCCAAAACUACUUUAGCCUUCACAAUUACACUUAACACUGGGGCAAAAGCUAGAAAAAUUAACGUAAUUUUAGCUAUUGUCAUAUCUGACUAGAUGAUGGUCAAAUUUCAAUUGAAAAUAGUUAAUAUUUUUUAUUAAUGUAUGAGAAAGUCGCAUUUAUUAUGGA